CUCCCUGGACCUUCAUAUACUCUGCAGCACAGCACCCACUGGCACUCACCCGCUCAUUCAUUCUUUCCUCGAUUCAUUCAUUCAUUCAUUCCGCCACUCUUUCUCCUUCGCUCUCGUAGCGUGUAAUCUUCGUUCCUUUCUUCUUUUAUUCAUUUUCCCCUAGAGGUCGUGUUGGUAUCAUACUUUCUCGCUUCCUCGCUUUUCUUCUUCGAAUGUCCUCUCCUUCAUCCGUUCAUUCGUUGUACCGUCCCAGCUCAAUUUCCAUCACAAUGGUACCCGCCCGCAACCGCGGUUUUUUAGCGAAUCUUCGGGCUUAUUACUAUCGGGGUGGGAAACGGAAGGAGUGGAAGAGCACGCUGCUUUCUAUACGGAGACUGGUGGAAGCUGCGUGGAUUGUUGUUCUGUGGUGGGGUGAGAGGAGGGUUUUCAGGAGUGCGAUAGAAGCUUGUCAAUGGGAUAGGUGGGAGGAUUGGCCAGAGGGUGCAAUGCCCCAUCGAGCGGUCCUAAUCGCUGAUCCGCAGCUUGUCGAUCCACACACUUACCCCCGCCGUGGACCAUUCCUGUCCGCGACAAUAUUUUAUACGGAUCAGUACAUGUCACGGUCGUACGAGACUAUCCAGGAGCGGCUUUCUCCUUCCACGACGGUAUUCCUGGGUGAUUUAUUCGACGGCGGGCGGGAAUGGACACACGAGCAGAGCUCGCGCUAUGCCCAAAAUCACCACCUACACGAGGACUUGAUUCCUAUUACGGAAGACCCACGAGGGGCGAAGGAUUGGAAGGACUAUGGUGAUAGCUACUGGAUGGGCGAGUACAGGCGGUUUUUGAAGAUUUUCCCCAGUUGGCCUUACCGAAGGACUGUCAAAACACUGCCGGGGAACCACGACUUUGGUAUGGGAAACGGUAUUCGAGAGGGGGUGAAGGAUAGGUUCAGAACUUACUUUGGCGAGACGAGCGGGGUAUUGGAAGCAGGCAAUCACACUAUCGUACUAAUUGACUCUGUCUCUUUAUCGAACGAUAACAAUCCAAAGAUCUACCUACCAGCCCGAGACUUCCUCGAUAGCCUCCCAGAUCUCCUAACAACACCAUCACCAACCCUCCUCCCGCACGUCAUUGAGGAAGCAGCAAAUCCCCUUUCCUCGCCCUCAGGUCAAGAUUCCAUCCCUCAAAACCCUACAAUACUCCUCACCCACGUCCCCUUAUACCGGCCCGCCGACACCCCCUGCGGCCCGCACCGAGAAUCCAAAGACCCAAUCCUUAUCCACGCCGGUUAUCAAUACCAAAACGUCCUUCAACCAGCACUCUCCUUGGAAAUCCUUCAGAAGACGAACGCCAAGUACGUCUUCUCCGGGGACGACCACGAUUAUUGCGAAGUCGAGCAUGCUGGUAACAUCAAGGAGGUCACUGUCAAGAGUUUCUCGUGGGCGAUGGGCGUGCGGAGGCCGGGUUUCUACAUGGUUAGUUUGUACACUGGCAAUGCGUCACCGGACACAGAGAGUGUUCAGGGAAGACUUUGUCUACUCCCGGAUCAGUGGGGGGUGUUUACCGUUUACACUUUCAUGCUCCUGGUCACAAUCCUUGCUGCCACGUUUGAUUUCCGGAGGAGCAGAAGGGCUGCACUGAAUUACAGGGGGAAUGUGUUACCGAUAUCAAAGGGAGGCUCAGAUAUCUCCAGCGCGUACAGGCAGUCGAGCGCGAAGAAUAAUGACUGGGGUGAUGGCGAAGACGGGAACUUCAAGUACUCCAAGAGAAAGCAAUAUUCCACCGGGUGGAAAGCGUGGGUGGUAUACGUCACUCGGGAAGUCUUGUUAGUCGCUGGGGUGGUGUUUGUGUGGUAUACAUGGUUGAUCUGGCGCUGGUGAAUGGGUCUAUGCUUGGAAUGAAUGAAAAUGGGCAGUGCUGGGGCGAGUGAAGUUUGUGGGGUUGGUGCAUGGGAUGCAUGCCAUAUGUUUGGAUCGGGUCGGGAUACGGUGGGGGCCUAAGUAUUUUGGUUAUGGGCUUCCGCGUACGUAUUGCUGGUUUUUGGCAAGGGUUCUUUUUUUCUUAUUUGUCGAGUGAUCACCUGUGAUUGUAAUUCGGGAUUCUACUUGCAUCGUGCACUUGUACUCGAGUACCGGCGGUGUACAAACUAUUAUUAAUGAGAUGUGGUCCGCUUGGUGA